CGCUCCCAUCUCGCUAACCGACUAGCAGUAGCAGUUGCUUCCCACCCUUUCCGGCCUCUCCAUCCCCACGCCGACCGCACCACCCGACCCGAUCGCACGCACACAAACACAAACCGAGCAGCAGAAACAUGCGAGACAUGGAGGACAGAUCGGUCGUCAGCCGCCGCCAUGAACCCACCACCGUCGCCAGGACGGCGGACGACGACGACGACGACGUGGCUUCCGGCGACGAGGACUCCGACUCGGACGCCGAGUUCGAGUUCCCCUUCGUGAGCCGGGAGUCCGAGGCGGCGGCCGACGAGCUCUUCGCGGGCGGCCGCAUCCGGGCCUUCUACCCGGUGUUCGGCCGAGUCCUGGACGACGAGGCGCCAGCCCCAGCGCCGAGGUCGCCGCUAGGGCGGCUGUUCCAGCUGGAGCAGGCGCGGACCUCGUCCGUCGCGUCCACGUCCUCCUCCUCCUCCUCCUCGACGGCGGGCGCAGGCGCGGCGGGCCUCGACGGCGCGUCCCCGGACAGCUACUGCCUCUGGACGCCCGGGUCGGCGUCGGCGGCGUCCUCGCCCUCGCGGUCGCCGCGGAAGAGCGGGUCCACGGGCUCCAUCCCGCGGUGGCGCCGCAUCGGGGAGCUCGUCGUCGGGCGCAGCCACAGCGACGGGAAAGAGAAGUUCCUCUUCCUCUCCGCGCCGCCGUCCCCGGCCAGGGACAGGGAGAGGGAGCACUCCUCCCCCGCCUCCAAGUCCAAGUCCAAGCCAAAGCAGCCUCAGCCGAAAGGAAGUAAAACCGCCGCCGCCGCCGCCGCCACCGAGCUCGACACGGUCGCCGCGGGGCGCCGGGUGUCCUACGGUGGCGCCAACGCCAAGGCCUCCACCGGAGGUGCGCGGCGCACGUUCCUGCCGUACCGGCAGGACCUCGUGGGGCUGUUCGCCAACGUGCGCGGGCUCAGCCGGAGCCACCACCCGUUCUGAAGCGGAUCCGGUGAGCCACGACGCGCCGUGGAAGCGGACCCGUUCCAAGCAGUGCCGACUUCAAGUUUGAAAUCGGGAUUUGAAAUUUCAGACGUUUUGACUUGGAGAUCCCCUGCAAAGAUGCUCUGUGAAGAUUACUACUGUUAUUAGUAUUACCAAUACGUGUGGGAUCAAAGCAAUUACGCAAGUGAAAAAGACAAGGUGUGAAGUCAGAGAAAAACAGGGGAAAUGUGAGGCCUCCAUUUCAGGAUUCGGCUCGGAAUCGUGGUCUCGAGUCGGUGGCUAACCACCUGCCUGCCCUGCGAUUUGUCAAGGUGGUCUAGGCGGGUACACAUAUACGCACAUGUUGGUGUUGGACAAGAAGUUUACAUUCUGUAUAUGCUGGUAUAUAUAGUAGCUUUGUACAUAUACAUACAAUCUAUAAUGUAUAGAGUAGUUAGAAGUAGGUGGGUUUGUUUGCGAGGAAUUUGGGUUUCCUUGUUUGCAAUCUGCAGUUUUGUGUUGUCGCAUCUCUAAUCUAAUUUUUUACUUAAUUAGCAAGUUUCUGUUGUGCGGUCUCCAAUCUUAUAAAUAAUAUGACGUUUUAAUUA